AUGGCUCCAGUCAGCCUCCCGCCCAACCUCUCGCUCACCCUCUCGCCCGACCUCUCGCCGACCCUCUCGCCCAGCCUCUCGCCCGAAACCCUGCACUCGGAACCUUUCCACCUCCUGGGAGUUGUGGCUGGAAAGGGGACUGUAGCUGGCAUGGGGGUGGGGGCUGUAGCAGGCAGGGGGGUUGUAGCGGGCAGGGGGGCUGUAGCGGGCAGGGGGGCUGUAGCGGGCAGGGGGGCUGUAGCGGGCAGGGGGGCUGUAGCGGGCAGGGGGGCUGUAGCGCCGGGUUGCCCCUCAGGUGGUGCAAAGGGAGAGACAGUGGAUGGAGCUGCUGCUGUUAACGGGAGAAGCGCGGACGGUGAAGGUAACGGUAGUAACGGUAACGGUGAUGGUGAUGGGGAUGGUGAUGGUGAGAAUGAUGGCACUGCUGCCGCUGCUGCGGCUGCUGCGGCUGUGGCUGCGGCUGUGGCUGCGGCUGCUGCUGCUGCUGCUGCUGCUGCUGCUGCUGCUGCUGCUGCUGCCCCUGCCCCUGCUGCUGCUGCUGUCCCUUCUGCUGCUGCUGCUGCUGCUGCUGCUGCUGCCCCUGCUGUUGUUGCUCCUGCGGCUGCUGCUCCUGCUGCCUACUAUUCUCUCCCCAUCCUGAACCAAUGCUCUCAGGAAACGCAUACGCUGGCAUUUCAGCGGGCUGUUUCGGGGCUGUCAAUACCAUCGCAACAGCAGAUGCAGCAGCUGCUCUAG